UUAUAUUAAAGACCCGGAUGACGCUCACUUAAAUAUCUGCACAUUUUUGCGCAAAACAGCGACAGACCUCACUACGAUUCAUUAAGUUCGUGUGAGCUGCUUUUUAGCUGCAAUUUUCGAAGAAAAGAACAAAAAAAAUUCUUUUUAAAGACUCAUAUUUUGUGCCAAAAAAUGAAAUUUACAUAACAGGGCUCAAUAAGUUACCAACGAUUCCAUGAAGGAGUCAACUAUACAAGAAGUUUGCCAACCCUUGGUCUUGAUCCUCAAGGAACUAGGCUUCUGUCGUAUGCCAAAAUAGGAAGACCUUACAACUAAGUAGGGGAUGGGAAAUUGUAAGAACGGGGUGAUUCCUGCAAAGUGAUUGUUUUUAAAGCGUGAGUGUAUCAGUAUACAUGUUGGACAAGCUGGUGUCCAGAUUGGUAAUGCCUGCUGGGAGUUGUACUGUCUUGAACAUGGAAUUCAGCCAAAUGGUCAAAUGCCAUCUGAUAAGACAGUUGGUGGUAGUGAUGACUCCUUCAACACCUUCUUCAGUGAGACGGGUUCUGGGAAACAUGUUCCGAGAGCUGUCUUUGUUGAUUUGGAGCCUACAGUUGUCGAUGAAGUUCGUAUGGGGUCAUACAGCAGCCUGUUCCACCCUGAGCAGCUGAUAACUGGCAAAGAAGAUGCUGCUAACAAUUAUGCCAGAGGUCAUUAUACUAUUGGUAAAGAAAUUGUUGAUUUGGUUUUGGACAGGAUCCGAAAACUUGCUGACCAAUGUACUGGUUUGCAAGGCUUUUUAAUCUUCCACAGUUUUGGUGGUGGAACUGGUUCUGGCUUCACAUCUCUGCUCAUGGAACGUCUAAGUGUUGACUAUGGUAAGAAAUCCAAACUGGAAUUCUCUAUUUAUCCUGCUCCCCAAAUGGCAACUGCUGUUGUGGAACCUUACAAUUCUAUUCUUACCACCCACACCACACUAGAGCAUUCUGACUGUGCAUUCAUGGUUGAUAAUGAAGCUAUUUAUGACAUCUGUAACAGGAAUCUUGACAUUGUCCAUCCUACAUACACCAAUCUGAAUCGACUUAUUGCCCAGGUGGUCAGCUCUAUCACUGCUUCUCUGCGUUUCGAUGGUGCCCUUAAUGUUGAUCUGACUGAAUUUCAGACCAACUUGGUACCUUACCCAAGAAUCCAUUUUCCUUUGGCUACUUAUUCUCCAAUCAUUUCCACAGAGAAAGCCUAUCAUGAACAACUAACCGUGGCAGAAGUGACCAACGCUUGCUUUGAGCCAUAUAACCAGAUGGUCAAAUGCGAUCCAUGCCAUGGUAAAUAUAUGGCCUGCUGUAUGCUGUACAGGGGUGAUGUCGUUCCAAAAGAUGUCAAUGCUGCUAUUGCUACGAUCAAAACCAAACGCAGUAUUCAGUUUGUUGACUGGUGCCCCACUGGCUUUAAAGUUGGCAUAAACUACCAGCCUCCGACCACUAUUCCUGGAGGUGAUCUGGCCAGUGUCCAGCGUGCUGUGUGCAUGCUGAGCAAUACCACUGCCAUUGCCGAAGCAUGGGCUCGUCUUGAUCAUAAAUUUGAUCUAAUGUAUACCAAACGUGCUUUCGUUCAUUGGUAUGUGGGAGAGGGUAUGGAAGAAGGUGAAUUCUCGGAAGCCCGUGAAGAUUUGGCAGCUCUUGAGAAAGAUUAUGAAGAAGUUGGAAUCGAUUCUACAGAAGUAGAAGAGGAAGAAGGUGACGAAUAUUAAUGUCCAUGAUAUAUUUAUGUGAAAAAUGUCACUUUCUCUAUUAUUCUACGAAUUAAAUAAUUUCAACCUCUAAA